AUGGAUAUUAGGGACGUCCCAUACGACCUUGAGUUUGACAAACUGCGUCUCUACUCAGCCUUGGGUCUUGUGGCCUCGGCUGUUAGCCUGGGUGUCGCCCAUCCUGGCGAUGAUCCGCACAAAGAACUGCACCAACGGCGGGACUUCAUGUCCAAGGUGGAGCGUACAGACUUGGCCCAUUGUGCGGAAAAGUUCAAGGCCCGCGGUAUCGACAAGCGUGCCAUCGAGCGUCGCAAGAAUAUCAUGCAAGAGAUGGCUCUUCGUCGUCGGUUUGCAGUCCGCGACCCAGAAGACAUUAACAAGUCCCAUCUCUCACCUUACAAAUACGACCUGGACACCCCUCUGGAUGUCAUUUUUGGAAAUGGCACCUCUUGCCUGCUCAGCCCUGAAGCAACUGAGGGCCCUUACUAUGUCGCUGGCGAAUAUGUUCGACAGGACAUCACUGGCAGCGAGCCUGGUGUUCCCCUAGUUGUUGAUUUUGAUGUCUUUGAUGUUGAAACUUGCGAGCCACUCACUGACACAUAUGUCGAGAUCUGGAGCGUGUCCAGCGGCGGUGACUAUACCAGCGCCCCAGAGAAUCUGAAGACUACAUUCCUCCGUGGAUUCCAGAAGACCGAUGAUAUUGGGGCGAUCCGCGUUGAUGGUAUCUUCCCCGGCCAUUAUUCCGGACGAACCCAGCAUAUCCACCUCAUGGUUCAUCCAAACGCCACUGAGCGUCUAAACCAUACUGUUGAAGACAUCAGCGCCAGCCACGUUGGACAGGUCUUCUUUGAUCAGGAUCUCAUUGAUAGCGUCGAGCUUCUCGCACCCUACAACACCAACACUCAGUCGGUUACGAAGAACGCCGAAGACUUCCAUCUUGAGGCUAUCCUCGAGACCAGCGACCCCUUCUUGCAGUACGUUCUUCUUGGUGACCAGCUCAAUGACGGUGUCCUCGCCUGGAUCAGCUUUGGAGUCAAUACCACCUCUAUCCGUUCAGUCAGCGCCGCUGCAAUUUACUAUGAAGGUGGUGGUAUCGACAACCCCAAUGCUGGCGAUCCCGGCGGUGGCGGUCCUGGAGGUCCCCCAAGCGGUGACUUCCCUACUGGAACUCCUCUGCCAAUCAUUACCCCACCUGCCGUCUAG